CUCAUUGUAGUAAUUGACAAGCAGGCAAUCGGUUUAUUUUGUUUGUGUAAUACUCUUGCUGCUGCUGCAGCGUACAAGGACUGGCAUACAAAAUCAAACAGCAGCAGAUCACCACUUUGGAUUACUGUUUUCUCCUGGAAUUUGUCAUCUUGAAUUUUAUACAUUUCCUGCUUUUCAAUUUUUGAGUCUUUAAAAUCGGAAGACAAGAUGUCGUUGAAUUCGAGUUUCUCUAGUAAAAACUAUAAUUACGACUACGACUCGGUUCAACCUUACUUUUAUUUUGACAACGAAGAUGACAAUUUCUACCAGCAGCAGCAGAGCCAGGUCCAGCCACCGGCACCUAGCGAGGACAUCUGGAAGAAAUUCGAGCUGCUGCCCACGCCUCCACUCUCCCCAAGCCGGAGACCGUCUCUCUCGACCUUGUUGUUGCCUUCCAUAGCUGAUCAGCUGGAAAUGGUCACCGAGAUUUUGGGGGACGACGUUGUCAACCAGAGUUUUAUUUGUGAUGCUGACGACUCCCAGUCUUUUCUAAAAUCCAUUAUUAUCCAGGAUUGUAUGUGGAGCGGAUUCUCUGCAGCUGCUAACCUGAAAAAGGUGGUGUCGGAGAGGCUCGCCUCUAUUCAGGCUGCUAGAAAAGAGUCAUCUACCAACAAUGCCUUAAGCAUUGUAAAUACCAGUUACUUGCAAGAUCUCAACACGUCGGCUUCAGAAUGCAUCGAUCCUUCUGUCGUUUUUCCAUAUCCGUUGAAUGACAGUCCGAAGCCCACUGUAGUGUCGCUUCCUUUUACAGUACUGGCAGACACUCUCCCAAACAACAGUACCGACAGCAGCAACUGUGAUUCUGAUGAGGAUGGAAAAGAAGAUGAAGAAAUUGAUGUGGUUACAGUGGGGAAAAGUCAGCCAGUUAAAAGAUCAGCAUCCAACACCAUCACUGCAGUUCCCCACAGACCCCAUCACAGUCCAUUGGUCCUUAAAAGGUGUCAUGUUCCAACUCAUCAACACAACUAUGCUGCCCACCCAUCCACUAGGCAUGAUCAACCAUCAGUCAAGAGGGUAAAGUUGGAAAAUAUUGGUAGAGUACUAAAACAAAUCAGUAACAACAGAAAAUGCUCAAGUCCAAGGACUUCUGAUACGGAGGAAAAUGAUAAGCGGAGGACACACAAUGUCUUGGAACGGCAGAGGAGGAACGAGCUCAAAUUGAGUUUUUUUGCAUUAAGGGGUGAGAUCCCCGAGGUUGCUAACAAUGAAAAAGCACCUAAAGUGUCAAUACUUAAGAAAGCAACAGAGUCCAUCAUCAGCAUGCAAACAGAUGAACAAAGACUUGUCUCAUUAAAGGAACAGUUGAGGAGGAAAAUGAAACAGUUGAAACACAAGCUUGAACAGCUGAGGAACUCUCAUGUAAGGACUUGUUGAUAAAUAUUAUGUAGACUUUGACAUUUAAAAGCCUCUUACACAUUUUGUUUAAUCAAAUUGUGCAAACACUUUCUUGCAAAAAGACUUGAUGAAAAAUGACACCAGUUUAGAUGGAAUCUUGCGUUAAGAUUGCUCCAAAAACCGCAAACUGCCUCAACUAACAAACUAAAGGGGGCUCUUGGGUGUAGGAUGGAUGUUCGAGGGGUGGGGUCAAACUUGUCUUAAAUAUAAAUAUCUCCUCGUAAUUUGUACAUAUUAAUUCUUGGAGACUUAUUUACUAUGUAGUCCACCAGCUAGCAUCCAGAUGUUAAUUGGAAUACUGGUUUUCACAUAUGUGAGUUGGUAUAAAAUUGCUAACCACCUUA